CCUCUUUUUGCGUCGGGGUUUAAAUACCUAUAUUCAUAGAGACUCCUAUUUUUAUAAAUGUUACAUGCCAUAGCAAAUCUGAUAUCUACCAGAAAACGAUUGCUUGCUUUUGAUUGAAAGGCGAAUUGUUUUAUGCAUGUGAAUACUGAAUAUGUAGUUGGUGGGGAAUAUUGCCACUGUCGAGUGUUGUGUCACGAGAUCGCGAAUGUCAAUUGGGUUUGGAAGAAAGCUUGCAGGGAGGGGCGCGAAGUAGUCUCCAGUGAGGCUCUUUUGACCAGUAUGUGAAUAACUCGUGCUAGUGAACACGCGCGCCUUUGGAUAUUCCUUUUUGGGAUUACGGCAUCAUGCGGCUUCUAUUGCUGUGCGUCCUGGCGGGCGCCGCGUGCGCGCGGGAGGAGGGCUGGCAGCCCAUCGUGCCGGAGCCUUCCUUUACCUACACCACUUACGCCAAGUCGCCGGAACGAUCUCUGGACACCAGUUCGGCAUUAAAAAUAAUCAAUCGUAGGCCGCCAAGCCUUGCGUACCCGAGCAAACUGUCCGGCGCCUACAGCACUGGGCGUCAGGAAGAUUCCGACGCCUGCAGCGUCUACAAAGUAUCCAUGAACCAAGAACUUUUCUACCAGUAUGUGGAGUAUGAGAUGGAUCUGCCUGACCUGAAAGAGUUUACUCUGUGCAUGUGGGCGAAGUUCCAUAAUCAUUCUGAAGACCAUCCAUUGUUCUCUUAUUCAGUUGGAGAUAGCCCUAAAGAGAUUUCGGCUUGGAUAUCGAACACAGUUGAAGCCAGUUACUUCAGCAUGGCGGUCCACGGACAGACGUUCUUCAGGCUCAACUAUCCUCUCAAACUUAACACGUGGUAUCAUUCUUGUCAAUCUUGGAAUGGAAAAACUGGAGAAUGGCAAAUUUGGGUGAAUGCAGAGCGAGUGGGCAGAGGAUUCCACAACAGGUUGGUGGGUCACAUAAUAAAAGGAGGCGGCAUAGCUGUCACUGGUCAAGAACAGAGUCUGUUAUAUAGCAAAGAUGGUCUCGAGCCCACUAUAAAGCAAUCUGGACUUAUGGGAGAAGUAACUAUGCUCCAACUGUAUCAUGUUGCCUUGACGGCGGGUAAAGCCCACAAAGAUCACAAGCAUCACCACGCUCAUCACUUCAAGCAUGAUGGUACCCCGUUGGAGGCUUCCACGGAAGCGGCCACGGAGCCGCCGCCGCUAGAAGCUACUCCGCUGGGCAACGGGAACUUCCUCAUCGGUGGGCAGCUGCAACGCGCUCCCGACCUCAACCUUGCCGGCCCUCAGCCACAGCAGCAGAUGAUUCCCGUUCAGCUGCCCAACGGUUUGCAACUUCAGCAGGGAUAUAUCAAUGGGCAACUGAGCAACAGAAUUGUCUCUGAACAGCUUCUUAACAGUGUUCACCAAAUUCCACCACCACAGCCUUCACCUCAAAUUUCUUUAAUAGAUGUACCAGUGUCUUCAUCUAUUGGCCACAGCCAGAGAUUUUCACUAAGGCAGCCUUUGGGUCCGUCGAAGUCAUCAACAGUGAUGUUAUCUGGCUCGUUGCUUAACCCAGCAAAUGUGCAAUAUAUUGAUGAGACAUCGUCGCAUAGUUUGUACAAACGAGAUUCUAAGAAACGUGACAAAAGAGAUAAUCCAGAGAAAGAAUUGGAGCAACCCGCUACAGGGAAAAAAGAUAAACGUGGGCUGGUCGCAUUGUCAGACGGGUCUAUCGUAGAUGAUGCGCUGCUUAGUCCGAACAUAGCCGAUGACGAUGAUGCUACAUUCCAGCAGUCGUUGCUGAGCGGACUUGCUGGCGUCGUUGGGAACCUCCCAGUUCAAAAUGUCCAAAAGGAGACGGUGGAUGAGCGAGAACCCGCGGAAGCCGAGGUGAAGGCGGUGAUGCAGGUGUGCAGCGGCUGCGCGGCCGAGCCCUUCAAGAAAGCCCUAGUACUCUCAUGGAGGUCUACGCCCAAGAAACUACACAGCGGUGCGCACUAUUACAAAGGUCUACCUAUAUGUAGAGCCUUUUAAACACAUUUACAUGAUCCUGACGAAGUAACAACAAUCAGUACAUAUUAACCUAAUACUGCAUUAACCGCCUGACUGUACGAACCGCCAUAUGAAUAUAAUUAUAAAAUAAAAAUGGGGCAACCGACUUCCAUCAAUCCUAUCUGCACAGUGCUUUUCCAGAGCAACGUGGGAGAAAAAAACAAAUGGCUAUACAAAUGUUUACAAUGCUUGAGUUCCUUGUCAAUUCCUCAUAGGUCCCAUCACAAGAUGAAGCUAUUUAGUAAAUUAAAGCUCAGAAAUAGGUAAAUAAAAAAAUAUCUAAGGCAGUUAUUAGCAUAAUAAAUAUUUAUCACAAAUAUCAAGCUGAAAUACGUCAUUAACACAAAAUAUGCUGUUUUUAAUACUAUAGAGUAACUCUGUUGACGACUGCUAAAAUAGCUACAAAUAAAUAUUCGAUUUCAUUAGAAGCAGUAACACUAUCGCAAUUAUCUACCCAAUAGUUAAAGGAUUUCUACUAAAAAUGUACCUAUUGCUACGUGUUCACACAAAAUCACGUAGCACAAAAACCUCUUUUUAUUUUUUUAUUACCUCAACGCCCCAACACGUAUAAAGCCUACAAUAUUAGGUACAUCAGAUGUUACUUCAGUCAACGAAAACUUGCCAUUAGCAAGUCAUUUAAUUUAAUUUAUUUUAGUAAUAAGCGUUUAGAAAUAAGACAAGUACUUAUAUGUAAUUAGUCUAAAACGUGUACUUACCUUGUUACUUAUUAUUUUACAGUAAAUAAUAAAAUGAAAA